AUGGGGGCCGUCAUGGGCACCUUCUCCUCUCUGCAAACCAAACAAAGGCGACCCUCGAAAGACAUCGCCUGGUGGUAUUACCAGUAUCAGAGAGAUAAGAUUGAAGACGAGUUGGAGAUGACCAUGGUUUGCCAUCGGCCUGAGGGGUUGGAGCAGCUUGAGGCCCAGACGAACUUCACCAAGAGGGAGCUGCAAGUCCUUUAUCGAGGCUUCAAAAACGAGUGCCCCAGCGGUGUGGUCAACGAGGAAACCUUCAAGCAGAUCUACGCCCAGUUUUUCCCUCAUGGAGAUGCCAGCACGUAUGCCCAUUACCUCUUCCACGCCUUCGACACCACCCAGACAGGCUCCGUGAAGUUCGAGGACUUUGUAACCGCUCUGUCGAUCUUGCUGAGAGGAACCGUCCAUGAGAAACUGAGGUGGACAUUUAACUUGUAUGACAUCAACAAAGACGGAUACAUAAACAAAGAGGAGAUGAUGGACAUUGUCAAAGCCAUCUAUGACAUGAUGGGGAAAUACACAUAUCCUGUGCUCAAGGAAGACACUCCAAGGCAGCACGUGGACGUCUUCUUCCAGAAAAUGGACAAAAAUAAAGAUGGCAUCGUGACUUUAGACGAAUUUCUUGAAUCCUGUCAGGAGGAUGACAACAUCAUGAGGUCCCUCCAGCUAUUUCAAAAUGUCAUGUAACUGUGGACAUAGCCAUCUGGCUCUCAGAGACGUUGUACUAAACACCUUAACACCUUGAUCUGCCCUCGUUCUGAUUUUACACACCGACUCUUGGGACAGAAACACCUUUUACACUUUGGAAGAAUUCUCUGCUGAAGACUUUCUACAGAACCCAGCAUCACGUGGCUCAGUCUCUGAUUGCCAGCUCUUUCUCGUCCCCCUUCUUGAGAGGGACUAGAAGAAAUUGGGUUUAUUUUGGAAGCAUGCU